CAAUUUGAUCAAAAAGAAGUUAUUAGCUCAAAAAUAUGGAGAUAUGCUAGGAAAAAUCGUCGCGUAUGUUGCAAGUUGGGUUGAUAAAAAGGAAGAAAAGCAUCCUGUUUAUGGAUUUACACCUUAA